CUUCCUAUCCUCGCCGCUCGCCUUUGCCGGGCACCCUCGGCGUCUACUUCCUCGCCUCGCCCCGCACCUACAAGAAGAUAGAUUUGUUGGACAAAGUUGAUCGCUGGCCACAAGAACCAGACAUGUCUUCUCCUCCUAAUGAGAAGUCUGUACUCACAUUUUUUCUUCCUGAUUUAUUAUGCUUUAUUUCCUGGUUCAGGUGCUCGGUAAUCUCAAUAUUUUGCUUGCUCUCAUGACAGCUGUUUGUUACCAUGUUAAUCUGAUGGAGCUAUGAGUGUGGAUUUUAUUCUGCACACCUGAAGCUACAGAAUUUAAAAGUUUGGCACCUUCAAGCUGAUUAUAUUCAGUCUAUAUUGGCCUGAAAUGUACAUAUUAUCAGUGAUUAUAUUAGGUUUUAAAGAUUUUCAGAGCUGGAUUUUGGUACAGCUUAUAAAUCGUUCCAUGACUCAAAGGCGCACACAAUCUCUGCAAGCAGGAUAUAUCUGUUCCAUAAAAACUGUGAGCAAUACUUAUAGUUGGACAGACUCAAAGUUCUUUCAUUUCUUGUCACAUUGGUAUUCAAUAGUCAAGAUUGGCAGAAUAGGAGAACUGCUUGAUGAAUGCCUGCCGUGCCUGGCUAGAGCCUGUUUUGGUCGACGAAAAGGUGCUAGAGCUCCUUUUGGUUGUUGAUGCUAUCUUGGUGUCUGCUGUGCCUAGCUAACUGAUAGUUGUAAAUAACAUAUGUUAUAUUUUUUUGCUACGGACAUAGGUUCAUACCCUUGCAUUGCUAAAUUUUAAUGGUAUUAGCAUGUAAUGGAUGUCGUACCAACCACCUGAUGCUCGCUUCUGUCUCAAGUUCCCGAUGCUGUACCAGGAGAGCCCCCUGUACCAGGAGAGCCCCCAGAACCUGCUGUUCCGGCAGCGGAUCAUCGGGUGGAUGGCUUAUGGCAUCGCCAGUGCCGUGUCAUCUUCUUCCUCACCACGGCGUCGCUGCAGCACUAGGUGUUCCGGUGGUAAUAUCACAAAGAAAGUUGGGGGAUGGAGACCUUUAGGUUCUCAAUUUAUAGCUGCUAAAAAUAAAAGGUCUCUUAGAUCCAAAUCAGAAGAUGCAAAGAUGACAGAAAAUAAAUCUGAUGAUCCAGUUGAUGAAACUCCUAUCAGUCAAUCAAAGACUAAGAGGCAGUUUACAAGACGUGGAAAUCUGGAGAAGAGAACAGGAAGCAAGAAACUGUUGAUUUUAACGGGAAAACAGAAAAACAUCAAGCCAAAGCUGCCUAACAAGAAGAGAAAGUUGCGAGCAUUAUGGUUCAACCUUGUUGCUGCUUUUGACCAGAAAGAUCAGCCUCCUCUACCACAGGUAGUAUCAAAUUUUUUGAGGAUCAAGGAUGUAGACUUCCUUGCGUCCUUCAUACAGAAGUACCUCAUGCAGAAACUUAAUCUUUCAAGUGAAGCUGAGCGGCCAUUUUGUUCCAGGUUCAUCUGGUACCAACAGAGGUGUCUGUUCUUGCAGGUGGAUAUAUUGUGCGGUGGCAAGCCAGUAAGCCCAGGAAUGACACUGCACGAUCUAGCAGGUUGCUGGCUCAACAAAGGACAAAAGGGCCGAGUGCGGUCAUAUGUAGGCACACCUGCUGAUGGAUUCAUUGCGAAGGUAUUCUAUGGCAGGUCAGGGUCGUCCAAACCUGAAACUGAAAAUAACCAAGGCUGAUCAAGAGCUUCCACUUCAUUUCUGAAGCAGCGACGCGUCAUUUCAUUCCUGAAAAUGAUUCUUACGUUGCCAAAGUGGGAAACAUUUGUAUGUAAUCCUCUCCCUUUUUGGCCAAGUGUAUAAAAUCUAAUUAGUGACAACCAUGUCUGUAAACAAGUUUAUAUAUUCUUGAUUUGUCUACUUGGUGAAACUCUUACACCAUGGAGUAUAUUAUGUAGCUCCGUAGAGUUGAUAUA